GGGCCCAGGGGACCAACAGUCAGAUGGACGGAACCUGGACCGGAGACUGGCAGAGGGACGGCAUGCCGGACGGCAGGAACUUCACCGUGCAUUCGAUCCACAACCUGCAGUUCCACAGCGCCACCUUUAUGAGGAUGCUGGUGCACCAGCGCAUGAUGGAGGCCUGCAGUGACGUCAUGGGCACACAGAACAUCCUGCUGCACCACACCAAGGCGCACGUGAAGCCGCCGGGCCGCGGCUCGCCGUACCCUAUGCACCAGGAUUACCACUACUUUCCCUUUCGCCACGACUCAAUGGUGGCCGUGUUCAUCCACCUGGACGACUCGGACGUGGAGAACGGCUGUCUGGCCGUGUACCCGGGCUCCCACAAGCUGGGGCCGCAGAAGGACUGCAGUUCUGACCCCGGCUUUCACCACCUGGACCAGGAGCAGUUUCCGCUGUCGAAGGCGUCAGCACUGGAGGGCCGCCGGGGUCAGGUGGCCAUCUUCUCCUACCUGCUGAUCCACGGCAGCUACCCCAACCUCUCGGAGCGCACUCGGCGCAUGCUACUCGUCCAGCUGAUGGCGGCCGAGGACGAGCCGCUGAAGAUGAUGCACGUCUCGCCGGGCCAGGGCCUCUGUCUGCUGGGCACCAACAGCCGCGCAGACACAGACAUCAGGCGCAGACACCAGCCGGCCGAGGCGACAGACUGAGCGGCCUGGGGCGGGCUCGGGCGGACUGAGGCGGCGCUCAGUCUGAGGCGACGUUCAGUCUGAGGCGGUGCUCAGUCUGAGGCGGUGCUCAGUCUGAGGCGGCGCUCAAGCUAAGGUGGCACUCAAGCUGAGGCGACGUUUAGUCUGAGGCGGCGCUCAGUCUGUGACGGCGCUCAAUCUGGGGCGGCGCCCAAGCUGAGGCAGCGCUCAGGCUGAGGUGGCGCUCAGGCUGAGGUGGCGCUCAGUCUGAGGCGGCGCUCAGGCUGAGGCGGCGCUCAGGCUGAGGCGGCGCUCAGGCUGAGGCGGCGCUCAGGCAGAGGCGGCGCUCAGUCUGAGGUGCCCGUCGGACCGAGGUCGAGGUGUCAGCGGUAGAGAGAGGCGGAGUGAGCGAGUCUAGCCAGGACUGACGGACUACGCCGCCGCUGGGCGGGGGAAAUCGAGCCAUCCUGGCCGCACUUGUGAGCCUGGUCCAACGUUAGCAUCAGAGUGAGUUUCUGAAGUCUGGUUGGCGGCGGAUGGCUCCAAUGUUAGCUUUGUGUCUGGAGCGCUCUCAGUUACACAGCUGUUGGAGAUAGUCCCUUAGUCCAUGGGAUUUCCCGUAGCCUGUGAUUGGCUCCGAAUCUGGGGAAUUGUCUCGCACAUCAUAAAGUCGAGGUCAGCCCUUUGACCAUUUGCAGGCUGAGAUUUUCCCGGAGUUGACCAUCGCUUACGUCGAGCGGUAUUCCUCUGACCUGAAGUACCAAUGCUAAGUCCGAGAAAACUUGUCAAACUUUUCCCCUGAGCCAAUGACGCUCAUGAAUUUGUGUUCAGCUUCUAUAUUUAGUUGGUUUUUAAGUCUUUUUACUUGUUGUCUGGGCGUAUAUAAUGACGCGCCAGGAUCUUCAUGUUAGCAGUCGCCCUAGCUGACCAGACUCUGCGUCUUCUUGCCUUACAACUAGUGGUAUCAUUGAAUCGUGCUCGCGUAUCAAACCACAUGGUGUGCCGUAGUCAUCGAGACCCGAUAGAACCACAGGUUCAAAUGGCUGAAAAUAGCAAAUUGUGAAUCAAUUGGCUGAUGUUCACUGCCUGUUGUGAGGCGGCAUUCAUUGGGGAGAGAGACGUGUGACCUUAGGUUAAUACCAUUAGCAGGUGCAGCAACCAUGUAACCAGCGCCGUGUGCCCACUGUCUUGUGGUGCCAUGAGAUGGUCUUGAGUCUCAGUCCAUUGGACGCCACAUACACUGCUCAACGAUAUGUUUAGACGCCUUCGACUGUGCUGUGCGAAGUGUAUGGGGUUAUUGUGCCCCUAAGCAAUAUAUGCU